CUGAAGCAAUCUGCUCACCUCAGCCUCCCAAAGUGCUGAGAUUACAGGCGCGAGCCACUACGCCCAGUCACAAAAUUCUUUAAAGAAGCCAAUCCCAUCCUCCCUCAGGAACAAAGGAGCCACCUCACCCUCUUGUUACAGCAGAUCCUGCCUCCCACAGUCACCCUUCUCCCAAGAGCAAUCUCCAUCUGACCCUGCAUGGUGCGUGGUGCCCUCCUGCCUCAGGCCGCGAAGAAGGAUCUAAGGGCUUGGCUUGUUUGAAAGAAGCAGACCCCCUAACGUCACAUCUUUAGGGAAAGUGAUACAAGAGCUUCUGCACCUCCUGAUAGAGGAAGUCCAAAGGGUGUACACACACAAUGGUGCCUGAAGAAGAGCCUCAAGACCGAGAGAAAGGAGUCUGGUGGUUCCAGUUGAAGGUCUGGUCUGUGGCAGUCGUAUCUAUCUUGCUCCUCUGUGUCUGUUUCACUGUGAGUUCUGUGGCAAGUCACAAUUUUAUGUAUAGCAAAACUGUCAAGCGGCUGUCCAAGUUACAAGAGUAUCAACAGUAUUAUCCAAGCCUGACCUGCGUCAUGGAAGGAAAGGACAUGGAAGAUUGGAGCUGCUGCCCAACCCCUUGGACGUCAUUUCAGUCUAGUUGCUACUUUAUUUCUACCGUGAUGCAGUCUUGGACUGAGAGUCAAAAUAACUGUUCUGUGAUGGGGGCUGAUCUGGUGGUGAUCAACACCAAGGAAGAGCAGGAUUUCAUCACUCAGAAUCUGAAAAUAAAUUCUGCUUAUUUUCUGGGGCUGUCAGAUCCAAAGGGUUGGCGACAUUGGCAAUGGGUUGAUCAGACACCAUACAAUAAAAAUGUCACGUGA